AUGGCUGCCAGACUGAACAACGCAGAGUGGGAUCAGGUUCGCCACAACCUGUUCUCCAGGGACUCCUCUCUGCAAAAGUUAGCCUUACAGAGGAUAUCGGCUUGGAGGGACAGGUGUCCUAAGAUAUCUUCUGUGGAUAUUGAUUGCAUGGCGGAUCUGGUUCGCUGCCAGGUGCGUGACCGGUCCGGACUGCUAAACGAGGAAGAGAUGGCCUUUGUGAGGUUUGUUAGCCUCAUCACAGAGGGCAAAAAGAAGAGGAAGUCCCGGACAAUGAAGACCGGGGCUAAAAAGCUAAAGAUCCCAGAGUGGCUGGUAGAUGUGAGGCACAGGGCCACUCACUGGAAGACUCCUCCAUCCCUGAAGUCGCUGCGACAGGGAUGUGAGGCGGCCCUGGAGUGGCUCAAAGAAGAGUACUGGGCCAAGUAUAAGGAGACUGGCCUCAAGCGGCAGGAAGGUGGCAUAUUAAAUAGAAUCAAAAAGUUUGCCAUGAAGUCCAGUAAUCUGUUUAUUGAUGUGCUGCUGGAGGAUGGAUUUCUGGUUCCUACAGUUGAACAGCUGGAAGAAUUGUGUUGUGACACAUCAUCCAGCGCCAGUCUCACAGAGCCCAGACUGCCAAAAAGGUUUCUGCGCUUUUGGCUGCCCCUGCUCAAGACGGUCAGCUCACCAUCAUUUAUUCAAGUCUUCCUCGAGAAGCUCUUCAUGAAGCAGAAGCUGCUCACCAAAGAGCCCAAUGGUCACAGGGCUUUUUACAUCGCGGCCUGGAUUUCAGAGGUCCUCCUGUGCAAUAGGAAGAAAGGUGUCAGGAGGAAGGACCGGAUCUUUAGCUGGAUCCGGUUCCUAAAGUGGAUGGACUUAAUAUCUCUGUGCCUGGAUGCCCCCUCCAUCAGCAUGCCUCACCUGCUCCAGUUAAUCCUGGAUGACAUGGAGCACUGA